AUGGCAGACCCUUUCCCAUCUUCUGUUGUCGCAGCGGUGAAUAAGCGCCCUCAGAUGAAGGCUAGUGUGCCAUACGAGGUCUUUCUUCACGUUGUUGAACAGCUUAUCGAUAUGGCAAAGAGCAACGAUACCAAGGUCUGGUCUCUCGCCUACAAUCACAGCCUGGCCACCAAGCUGGUCCUCAACGAUGUCAACAUUUUAGAGGACAAGCCCUAUUCCGUGACCUACAAGCGCUACCAGAAGCUUCGCCUUGUCUCGCAGAUCAACCAGCAGUCCCGACGCAUGACCGAGAAGACCUUUACCAGACUCCCAUUCAUGGUCGCCACUCCCGACGGACUCAGUCGCCAACUUUGCCCAGUCAAAGCAUACGUCCCUGUCACAGACGAGUUCGUCCCUUUCUUCACAUCUCUGGAAGAAGGCCGCGAGGCCGAACAGUUCAUCUACAACCAAGCUGUGCUUCUGCCCUCUGCUUCUGGCUACGCCCUCCUCUCUCGCAUCGAAAAGAUCUUUCUUCUGCGCUUGCGCUACCUCAUCACUGCAAACAAGGAGUCCCUUUCAACCCUGAUCAGACUCCCUAACCUCAAGUCAAUCACAGUCAACGUUGGAAGAUUUGGCAAACUUCACAAUAGAAUGAAGCCAGGUCUCCAUGAGGUCGACCCAAAGAAGUUUCCGCGCCUUGCAGAAUUCUGCACUCAGGACUCUGAAGCACUCAGAACUCUAUGGGCCGGUCAUCUUGAAGCACGAGGAGUCAAGCUCUUCGGGGUCAUCGACAAUGACCAGCGCCCCAUCAUGGAGUUACACCCAAGUCGUGACAAGAUCAUGAUCACAUACAUUCAGCCUCAGGCCGACGAAGCCGUCGAAGAGUUGAGAGAGCGCAUGAAGCAGGUCUUGGAAUCUUUGGCAAUCUGA